AUGAAGAAGAGGAAGCAGCACAGCCUCGCCACCCAGUCGCCACCCGACUACAACCAUGACGGCGAAGAUGAGCCGAAGAGGAAGAAGGAGAAGAAGAAGGCCAAAGACGCGAUAUCGGCUGGGUUCGACUACACGCUCGACUUCAAGUCGCUCGACAUGAGGGCGCACCCAGAGCUGUACCGGGUGGGCCGCGGCGAGCAGGGCGUGCUGUCCGUGGAGCCCUACAAGUCCGAGAUCCUGCCCCACUGGCGCUUCCGCACGCCCGACAUCGCGGCCGAGAGCGCCGACGCCAUCCUCGCGCUCUACAACGACUACAAGCAGCACCACGACUUUGUCGGCGACACGAUGACGGAGAAGGAGAAGGAGGAGGUGAUGGCCAACUCGGUGUUCAAGGACGAGCGCAACCGUAGGCACACGAUCAAGACGCGCACCAAGGAGGUACUGCCGCUGGACCACGACCCGGUCAAGGCCCAGAGCGCCGAGGCGUUCCGCCAGCGGCUCGACGUGGUCAAGGCCGACCCCGACUACGUCCGCAUGAAGGCCGAACAUCAACACAAGUACGAGGGCAAGCCUGCUAAGAGGCCUGCUAAGGCGGCCAUACGCUCAGCCGAGAGAUGA